AUGGUGAUGCACGCAACAUUAUUCUUUGGCAGCACGGAGAACUUGAGCCUAUAUCUACUAGAUUUGGUAAUAGUAUUUAUGAUGUCUCUAAUUGUAGAAUGUCUAUCACACACGAGAUUUAUAAGUUCACAGAGCAACAAUUGGAUUGCCGGGGUGAUUCAAGUGGGAUUGUACGGCAUUCGGAUUAGCCUAGCGUAUCUUGUGAUGUUGGCAGUCAUGAUGUCCAAUGCAACCUUUGUUGUAGCUGUUGCUGGUUACACCCUUGGAUUCCUAAUUUUUGGUAGUAGAGUUUUUGAUAAAUCAGAUAACGAAUCAUAUCAAAAACCUUCAGAUCUUCCUCCAUUAAAUUGCUAG